UGUGAUGAAACCAAACCCGGAUGCCGGAACUGUGCCCAAAAAGGUUUCGAGUGCCCCGGUUAUCAACAGCGUCUCCAAUGGUCCACCAAACACGAAAGGGCGACAACGACGACAGCAACAAAAACAAGCGGCCCCGCCAACUUCACGCAACUUGUCACUGCCGCUUCGGAGUCCAUUGCCUCCACGCCUCCCACGACGACAACCGCUGAGAAUUCCGGCCUGGACGGAAAUCGACCUGCGUUGGUCGUCCCACAGCCUUGUGACAAACUUACGCUCCCCGCCCCAUCUUUUCUCACACCGUCCGCUUCGGCAUCGCCAACAGCAACAACAUCCCCAUCUUCUCUUUCUCCAUCAUCCUCAACAGCAUCCCCCCCAGCUCAGUACGAAGACCCGGCAACAGGUACCGAAAGCUAUGUGACUUCAGCACCUCCCCCACUUCCCCCAACAGGUACUGGUGCCGUCAUCAGAGGAACCCCGAACCCCCUCGGCCAGGCUCUCGACGUCGCCAUGUGCCAACAGGUCGUUGACAUACCGAGUUUUCUGAUCAAUCACUGGUUCGGUUCAGUCUGCUCCUCGUGGUCUGCUCUCGACUCUCCAACCAACCCAUAUCGGAGACUGACAGCAGACCUCUGGUCCGGUUCAGAACCAGUCUUCUAUACCCUACAAGCCAUAUCAGCGGCCUCCCUCGUCGAACGCUUACCGGGAGUCAUGAGGGACACGGCCCGGUCCGCGUCGCGAAAAGCAUUCGACUCGAUACGAAAGGAGCUCAUCAUCAGACCUAGUGGCUCUCAACGCGAAUUCCCCACCGCUCUCCUCCUCUCUUUGUUCUGCAUGAGCUCAUCCAUGUGUUGGAUGGAAGCAAGUCAACUCGGUCAAAAAUUUGUGAGGCAAGCGCGCGAGGUGUUGAGAUCAUUGGACACGCAGUCGCUAAGCAACGAGUCUCGAGAACUUCUCAAUUUUUUCAAUGGUUGUCUCGUGUACGAGGAGAUGCUUCGCAGUGUCGUGAGCGAGGAAGAGGUGGACUUCCAACACAUGCUCAGUUGGCCUGAGCCAACCACCCCGGGUCCCCUCACGCCGGCCGUUCCACAUCCUUGGAGUGGUGUCUCUUCGGAUAUCCUGAGGCUUUUUGGCAAAGCUGUCGCACUUUGCCGGAGGUCUCGUAUUCGGUGGCGCAUCAAUGGAGGAACGAGUUAUCGAAUACUUCAAGGCGCCAUGAAGGAUAUUGAGGAAGCCACGGCGAUGGAGAAACGCUUGUUGUUGAUCCAUGUUCCACAACUUCCUAUCGGCGUCCAGCCUCUACAAACCACCGACCGGUCCCGAGAUCUUUAUCACCUAACAGAAGCAUAUCGCCUAUGCGCCAUUUUACAGCUCUACGAAACAUUUCCCGACUUGAGCUCUCAACGCAUUCCAAACGCCAAAGAGACCGAUGAGUUCAUCGCCUGGAAGACUCUGAUCUCUCCCCUCGCCCUGCACGUAACGGAUGUGCUCAGCAAAGUUCCGCCCGGGAACUUGAGCUGUAUUCAACCGCUCCUCUGCCUCUGCGCUGGCAGUGGUUUGAGGUAUGAUCACAAAGUCCCACUCAGAACCGGACCCCAAAGUUAUCUCUUGAGCACCGGCCCCACCGGGCAACCUCUGCCAACCCCUGACGCCAUUGAACCCGGCCUUCCUUCCCCCAGUCUUAGUGUUCCGGAAAAUGCGAUCAAGACAUCACAAGCCCGACAAACCAUCAUGGAGCGUCUAGAGCAUCUCGAGACCUGCCUACCCCCUAAACCGAUCGGUGUAGCGAAGCAACUGAUGCGAGCGGUUUGGAACGCCUACGAUCAAGAGACCGAACUUCCACGGCGGACACACUGGCUUGAUGUGAUGAGUUCCACCGGGCUGCACAGCCUGUUCGGCUAA